UUCCAACAAUAAAACAAGACAUCAACUACAGAUCUCCCUGCAUCUAAGCCAUAAAAGCAGAAAAUAUUUUUAAAAGAUUCAAUAGCAAAUUAGACACAGUGGAAAAGAUGAUUAGUGAACUAGAAGAUGUCAGAAAAUAUGCAAGCUGGUGGAGCCCGGGACUUCCACUCGUGCGUGAGGCGAGUGGAGCCAGAGACGAGACUAGAGGCCGAACUCGGUAUCUGACAAGAUGGCCGGGCUGCCCCGCAGGAUCAUCAAGGAAACCCAGCGUUUGCUGGCAGAACCAGUUCCUGGCAUUAAAGCAGAACCAGAUGAGAGCAACGCCCGCUGUUUUCAUGUGGUCAUUGCUGGCCCCCAGGAUUCCCCCUUUGAGGGAGGGACUUUUAAACUUGAACUAUUCCUUCCAGAAGAAUACCCAAUGGCAGCCCCUAAAGUACGUUUCAUGACCAAAAUUUAUCAUCCUAAUGUAGACAAGUUGGGAAGAAUAUGUUUAGAUAUUUUGAAAGAUAAGUGGUCCCCAGCACUGCAGAUCCGCAGUUCUGCCAUCGAUCCAGCUUUGUUAAGUGCUCCCAAACCAGAUGAUCCAUUAGCAAAUGACGUAGCGGAGCAGUGGAAGACCAACGAAGCCCAAGCCAUAGAAACAGCUAGAGCACGGACUAGGCUAUGUGCCGUGAAUAAUAUUUAAGUCGAUCUGAUCAUCAAGUACGCAUCACUUCUCCUGUUCUGCCAAGACUUCUUCCUUUUUGUUUGCAUUUAAUGGACACAGUCUUAGAAAUAUUACAGAAUAAAAGUCCAGACAUCUUCAGUCCUUUGGUGAUUAAAUGCACAUUAGCAAAUCUAUGUCUUGUCCUGAUUCGCUGUUGUAAAGCAUGAACAGAGGCUAGAAGUAUCAUCUGGAUUGUUGUGGAAACGUUUAAAAGCAGUGGCCCCUCUGCUUUUAUUCAUUUCCCCUAUCAUGGUUUAAGUAUAAGGCACUGUGAAAGAAGGUAGU